AUGGUGGUGGACCGAGCGCCACUGCUUGGCGAUGCGGACGAUCCCAUCUAUGAGUAUGAGUUAGAGGAGGGCAUUGAGGGGCUGUCAUCCCAGCCGAGACGGUACCUGUAUGCGCCGAUCUCCUACGAACAGGCGACAGCGCCGCCCCGUUCGCGAUGGCAUCCCCUGACGUGGUAUGCGGCACUCAAAGGACAUAUACACAUCCUGGAUGCACUGAGGCCGUCUAGCAAUGUGAAGCAUGCUUUUCGGAGUACACAAAACUUGCUUUCUCUAGCGUGGCCGCGGAAUCGGAUGCACCAAACUGUGAUUAUCGUGUUUGUCUUGUGGUUCUUGGUGAGCUACGCAAGCUUCACGGUGGAUGUGAUCACUCCGGGUGAGCCGCGCGAUGAUACCUUGUUUACAGACUAUGAAGAGCUUCUGAAGCAGGAUAUUGGUGAUACGCACAUGGACUUGCCUGCCGAGGACGGACGAGUGCUGGAAAAGGCUUCGUGGCACAUGACCCACUGUUUCCAGCACGCCCACCGGCCAUUGCGGAUGUUUGAUGCAAUUGAAUGCAAGUCGCACACUUCUUUUGCUCUUGAUGCUCAUCAAGUUCAGCAGAUCCCUUUUCUUUAUGUUGAUCCAGGCCGGGAGCCGCUCUCCAAGCAAGCUCAGGCGCGGAUCGGUGGUAAUGCACAGCAACGCCCCCCGUCCGACUCUGAACCACGCUUGGUUGCAGCGCCGACGAAUGUGUACUAUGUCUCGCAUUCGGUGCCUCCGAAUGCAACGGACGCCAAAAUUUUCGUGAACAUUACUGCAAGCUACUUCCGCUCCGCGCUGCUCUUGGCACGUCGUACCUUUGUAGGAAAGAUUGAGCGUGCAAAUCACGCAAAUGGCGUGCAAAUUCUCACACCACCGAUUGGUGUACAUGCACACCCGCUGCAAAAGCCGCUGCAGUUCGAUAUAGUGAUCAGCGUUCCCCAAGGAGCGCCUGUCGCAGGAUUUGAAGUCGACGCACCUACCAGCAGCAUUUAUGCUUUCACCGAUCGUGCAUUUCUAAAGGCAGAAAGUCUCACGGCAUUUCCCAAAAUCCCUGACGGGCCGUUUAAAAUUUUGUUUGACUACUUGCGCGGGAAGAAAAAGAAGCAGCAGGAGGCGCCGACACAGCGCGAGCAUUUGUACCACGCUUUUGGCCAGUUCCGUGCACUGACUGCGUCUGGAAAUAUAUACGUUGGUGAUGGCCUCCAUGCCAGUGGCCAAGUCGACUUGCACACACGCGAGGGCGCUAUUGGAUUAAAGUGCAAUAUCACCGCAUCCACCAUCAAUCUUGCUGCAGAAAAGGGCUCCAUCCGCCUCUACAGCGGCACAAAGAUACACGGUGGGCACAGCGUGCAAUUUUCUGCGCCCAACGGGAGUAUCACACUCGAACCAAACGUGGAUGUGUAUUCCAGCAAAACCGAGAUCGAGACGGGGUCUGGCAGUGUAGACGGCGCAGGCACUUGGCAUGUCAAUACCACACUCAGCAUGAAAUUGGCUACUGGUGAUAUCGAUGCGCGCAUCGCGGUCGACAAGCCCAGUCCUUUUGUCCCCGGCGCUGCCGUCCAGACAAGGGUGGCGGCAGUGAAUGGAAGUGUGCAUGUUCACUAUGCACAACACGCGCCGGGCGUUCCGUUGCGCUCCUACGUACACGCUUUCAGUGGCAGCGCGCGCGUGGAUCUUGCUGAUGCAUUUGCAGGGAGUGUGCACGCCGAGGGCGAAAAUGCAUCCGUUGUGCUUAGCGACUCGCAGCCAGAUGGCCGCACCGUGAGAGAUUUGCGGACUGAGCACGCCGGCCACCUGCAAGUAGCGACAGCCAAAGUUGUCUGGGAUGCUGCCAAACAGCCUGUAUUUCAGGAUGGAAUUGCCGCCUCGUUCGUUAAGUCCAAUAUGAGCGAUGCGACUGUGCACCUUUCCGGUGCUAGCACUAUGUAA